AUGUCGGAGAAUCAGAACUGCACGAGGAUGAGGACGAGGGCGGCGGCCAAACGGAAAGCCUCCACGGCGGACGAAAAUCCAGUUAGCAAGAAGAGAGUUGUUCUCGGAGAGCUUCCGAAUGCAUCCAAUGUGGCUGUUCCACUGAUACCCAAUCAGAAAAGAGAGAUCCACAAGCCUGAACCAACUCUCAUCCCCGCCAAGAAUCCUCCUGCUCGGAACCUUGAUUUCGAAUCUAGAUCUAUCGAUCCUCAGAUGUGUGGACCUUAUGUCGCAGACAUCUGUGCCUAUCUCCGCGAAAUGGAGGGGAAGCUGAAACAAAGACCUCUACAUGAUUACAUUGAGAAGGUUCAGAAUGAUAUAACUCCAAGCAUGAGAGGGGUCUUGGUGGACUGGUUAGUGGAAGUUGCUGAGGAAUACAAACUUGUUUCCGACACACUCUAUCUCACUGUCUCUUAUGUCGAUAGAUUCUUGUCUGCAAAGCCUAUCAACAGGCAUAGGCUUCAGCUUGUGGGAGUUUCUGCUAUGCUUAUUGCCUCGAAAUAUGAAGAGAUAAGUCCUCCCAAAGUGGAAGAUUUUGUUUACAUUACUGAUAACACGUUUACAAGACAAGAUGUUGUGUCCAUGGAGGCAGAUAUACUUCUUGCACUACAGUUUCAAUUAGGAUGUCCAACCAUCAAAACAUUCCUAAGAAGGUUCACAAGGGUUGCUCAAGAGGAUUUCAAUGAGUCACUAUUGCAGAUAGAGUUCCUCUGUUGCUAUCUCUCAGAACUGAGUCUGUUGGAUUAUAGCUGUGUGAAGUUCUUACCUUCUCUCUUGGCAGCUUCUACUGUCUUUCUCGCCCGAUUCAUCAUCCGUCCAAAACAACAUCCUUGGAAUCAAAUGUUAGAAGAGUACACAAAGUACAAAGCGUCUGAUCUGCAACAAUGUGUGGGUAUUAUACAUGACUUGUAUCUAAGCAGAAGAGGGAACGAUCUAGAAGCUGUUAGAAAUAAAUACAAGCAACAUAAGUUCAAGUAUGUUGCGACCAUGCCUGUUUCACCCGAGCUGCCUCUUGCUUUCUUUGAGGAUGUUACCAUAAGAGACAAGGCGUAAAGAAGGUUGAAGCCUUGUGUUGGACGUUGUUAGUGCCUGAAUUUGGGUUUGUAUAUAACUGCCAUUAGAGUUGCAGUUUAGUAUCGAAGAUUUUUUGCUAACGAUAGCUAAGAAAUUCCUUUUUGCUUGGCCAUUUAUUUCAAUGGCUAUGCUCAGGUUGAUUGUUUUGUUUUUCUGCUUUUUAAAAUGUUAUCAAUGUAAAAGCAUCUUGAGAGCAAUAUUGAGAAUAUACUAUUUAAAAAAAGUACAAUGUCACAUUCGCAAAAGCUAUGCUAAAUAUACCUUAUCACUAGUUUGGCG